AUGGCUGCCAUCAUGACUGAGUUUGACGACCCGCGCUGCGGCCUUGGGCCCUCUGCCCUUUCGUCAUCGCCGCCCACAAUCCCCACGGUCGACAUCAGCGGCUUCCGCGCCGAGCCGCGGACAGCAGCCGAGGCCGCCGCGUCUGCCCGGGUGGUCGAGCAGGUGCGGGACGCUUGCCUUAACACGGGCUUCUUCUCCCUGGUCGGCCACGGUGUGCCGCGCUCGCUGCAGGACCGCGCCAUGGCCGCUGCCGAGCGUCUCUUCGCACUGCCACUGGACGACAAGAUGGACCUGGUGCACCCGACGCUCAAGAACCGCGGCUACGAGGUCCUCGGCGGCCAGACGCUGCAGCGUGGCUUCAAGCCAGACCUCAAGGAGGGCUACUACCUGGGCAAGCACAUGGACAUGUCAGACCCCCGCGUCAAGAAGCACCCGCGCCUGAUGGGGCCCAACCUGUUCCCCAGCGCCCUGCACGAGGACGACUUCAAGCGGCCCGUAGAGGAGUACUACGACGCCGUCCUCGCCCUUUCGCUCACCGUCUUCAAGAUUCUGGCCAAGGGCCUGCCGUACGGCGACGACAUAUUCGACGACUUCGUCUCCGACGACCCAGUCUGCAUCAUGCGCAUGCUACACUACCCGCCACAGACGUCGCGGGACCCGAGGCAGCUGGGUGCUGGUGCUCACACCGACUUUGGCGCCGUCACUCUUCUCUACCAGACAGCCCCCGGUCUGCAGGUUAAGAACCCGCGGGAGCGUGGCUCCUGGAUCCUCGUGCCGCCCAAUCCCGACGCCUACGUGGUCAACAUUGGCGACAUGCUCAAUGCUUGGACAGAGGGCGCCUACCGCAGCACCGUGCACCGCGUCCUCAACCUGGGCUCGACCCACCGCUACUCGAUCCCCUUCUUCUUUGACGGCAACGCCGACUGCCCUCUCACCCCCUUUGGUAGCAGGAAUAGCAGGGACAUCGAUGCGGAAGCAGUAGAGACUGCAUCCCAGCAUCUGCUCCGGAGGCUAGACGAGUCCUACAAGGUGCCCUCCAGGAUCUAG